AUGCGAUGCUAUACAACAGCCGCGCCCGAGCGACCAAGUUAUGCGAAGACUGCUACAGAACAAGCGAGACCAAUGGAUCGCUUCACUCGCGAAGCUUGGAUGGGUAAUUCAUGGAUCUGCACCGCGAUCAAAGAUGCUGAUAGAGAGACUCGGUGUAGACACAUCACGAUGCGUGAUGAUCUCGCUCCCUUUCACUAUGAUGACACGCUUUACGACAGAGUUAAGGAGUACUUCGCAAUCGACUCUCUGGGAAUAAGUAAGGAGGAGCGAGUAAGUCCGAAUGACACUCGUGCAAGAGAGUUGUUCGAUACGACCACAAAAAGAGUCAACGGAAGAGAUACGACUAACGUGGUGUCGCGAUAA